ACGAUGGACGAGUUGUGGCAGCUCACUGUACAUGUAUGGCGGGACUAGGGGAGUCAUGUAGUCAUGUUUCCGCAGUACUCUUCAAAGUUGAGGCAGCAGUACGUCUGGGAUAUACGACACAAGCCUGUACUGAUGUUGCUUGCCAGUGGAACAAUAGAUUUGUCUCAAAUGUGGAGCCAGCGCAGAUUAGGGACAUUAAGUUUUACAAGGAGGAGGCAAAGGACAGCAUCAAAAAGAACAGUGGAAAGAAAAGGAAGUGGUCUCACUGCAGCAAGGAUGAGGAAGAUGCUUUCAUUUCUUCCCUCAUGGAAACUGACAACAAACCAGUGGGACUUAGUUUGUUUGAGGGACCUCCUUGUUGCCUAUUCCAAAGGAAACCAGCCACGACACCGCACCGCGCACUACAAACUCCACUCCCAGCUCCACUCCGCUCCUACUUCACAGAAAGCACAGAACUCCAGACACAGAAAUCUGCAGACCUUAAAGAGAUGACUGUAACGAAGGAGGAGAUAGAUAAGGUCGAGAAAGCAACUGAAGAACAAGCGGACAGUGUGGUCUGGCAUGACCAGAGAGCUGGUCGAAUAACUGCAUCGCGAGUGUAUGAUGUUCUCCACACUAAUCAGGAAAAGCCAGCGAAGUCAGUCCUCCUCAACAUAACCAACCCCAACAUGACACCCAUCAAGACAGCUUCUCUCAAGUAUGGCAGAGAGAAUGAAUCUAAGGUUCUGGAGGAGUACGCACGGACAUCUAGGCAUGAUGACUUGAAAAUCGCACACAGCGGGCUUCGCCUGGAUGCUGAGCGUCACUGGCUAGGGGCAAGCGCUGAUGGCCUUGUAGAGUGCAGCUGCCACGGGAAAGGUGUCAUAGAGAUCAAAUGCCCGUACUCCGCAAGAAACAUGUCAACGGAUGAAUACCUCAAGAGCAAGUACUGCUGCUUGGAUGAAAACUCACACCUGAAGUAUGGCCAUCGUUACUAUGACCAAGUUCAGACCCAGAUGCAUGUUUAUAAUGUCCAGUACUGCACAUUCAUUGUCAAAGCAGGGAACAAACUCAUAGUCAACCAUGUACAACGGGAUGAUUCAUAUCUACAUGCUGCUGUCUCAAAGCUCGAGAAGUUUUGGAGAACGAAUGUUGUGCCUGAGCUUGUAACGCGGAAAAUUGAGCUAAGAAAGAGCGAGGAGGACGCAAAGAAGAUCGAUGGAGAAUCACUGUUCUGCUACUGCCAGGAGCCGUAUGAUCAAAAUGAUGAUAGUCCUGACAAUGUAAUGGUUGGCUGUGAUGGAGCAAAGUGCAAGUAUGAGUGGAUUCAUCUACGAUGUAUUGUGCCGAAACGAAAGACAGUACCCAAAGGGAAAUGGUACUGUAAGGACUGUAAGAACACUUAGAAGUUUCCCUGAUGUUCUCAUUUUGUGGCAUGCGUACUGAAUUGCUUUCCAAUUUUCUAUAAAAAAAAAUUUGCAAAAUGUUCUUCUCUUUUCAAGAAUGAUAUUUGAACACUUUAUUGACAAUCAAUGGUGAAAGGAAAUUGCUUGGUUUUCAGUUUAUGCAUGAAGUAUGUGUUUAUGCACAUUUAUAGGUGUUUUGAUUCCACACCUGAAGUUAAGCUCUUUUUUAUUAAGCAAGGUAAAAUGUUAUUUACCAAUGUACAUGGGUACUGAGUUUGUAUAUCUAGUAAUUUUUUUUCUACAUUGUAAAUUAUGUGACGGUAAAGAUCUUAUUAUUGUGAUUGAUGUAAAUCAAGUUCACUGUGCAACAUUUACUCAGUCUUUGAACAGACACUUGAUACUUAUUUGCUUUAUUUUGAUGCAGCAAUCAUUGUUCCUGUAAUUUAGUCUUUGAAUAUGUUGGAGCAUGUACUAACACGUGAACAUGGUAUAAUAAUAAAAGAUACUGGAGAGACAUGGAAACUGUACUGUAUUUGAUGUUUUUAAUUUACAUCAAAGGGUGGUUUUGUGAGAAGGAAAGAGAAUGAGAUGAGAAGAUGUGAAAGAAGUGUCCCAGAAGAAUUAUUUGAAGUGAGUGAGAAGGUGGAAGUAUUAAAGUUAAUUCCGUGUGUGAGUGUUGAUAGGAGAGGUGAUUGAAAGGAUUAAGAAUAGGUAAUUGUGAGUAGGCAGAGGAGGUAAUGAGAGAUUGAUAAAAAUAGAGAUUAGAUUUUCCUUUCUCUUUCCUUUCCACCACUUCAGGCAGGUUAUGUUCCACUAAAAAUCCAGUAAAGAAAAGCUCAGCGCUGGUCCCUUGCUUGGUGAAAUAAAGACAACAGGGUACUAGUGGAGCUCGAAGAUCUUGUCAUCGCAAUGUCCGUAGGCUAGGCUAUGCCGUUUGCUACCGAACGAAAGUGCUUCCGAAUUAUCAUCACGACCUCCCUGCUAAACUGAAAUGUCCACGCUGCAAAUUGCGCAAAAUGCAUGGUAAAUUCCUCUUUCC